AUGGCAAACAGACCCACACAAUACCAAAUGGCAGCGUUAGUGGAGUUCCUGGAGAAAAAUACAGGAAUUGCUCGAGGCCUUCUGCCAACGCAGCAGGCCAAACAGGAAACUCGAAAAAAGUGGCAGGAGUUCGCUGAGUCCACUAACGCCUUGGGUGGGAUUAUCAAAGAUGGGCAGGCUUGGGCUAAGUAUUGGACUGAAAUAAAAUCAUCCCUUAAAAAAGUCUGCCAACAAAGGGCUCAGUCCAUGAGGCGCACCGGAGGUGGCAUAGAUGUGGUGCCAGAGCUGUCGUUGCUGGAACAGCGCCUAGUGGCAGUCAUGGGUGGGGACUCAUUUGCCACGGGCACAAGGGGAAUAGCAGUAGACCCCUCUCCCCAAAGUAAUUCUAGCCCCUCCAUCUUGCCAUCCACGUCUGAUGCAGUUUUACCCAUGAUAGACCUGCCAACAUCUAGAUUAUCUAUGGUAGAGCUGCCUUCCACCUCUGCCGCUGUUGUACCCGAAGCAUUGGACAGAUAAAACUAUCUACUAUAUGUGAUGCACCUC